GAAAGAAGGUCACCCAGAUCAAAUUCCCUAUAUUCUGGUGUGGCAAGAUUUAGUGGAAAACCUACCUCCCUGGAUGGCCUCUUUCUUAACAACAGGGCCAUGCAAAAUCCUAGCGGUUAAACCUACCAACCCUCCCAAGCCACAAACUCCAAAUGCACCCCGUUCUCCCCGACAGCCAAGAUUUACUUUCCCUUGACCCUCUCCCUUACCAGAUUCCCCCCCUUAUUCCACAAGCUACCCCUAUCCCUGCUCCCGACCCCAUUCCCCCUGCGCCGGCAGAGCCUCCCGUAGCCCAGCCGAUAGAAGAACUAGAGAAUAGGGUGGCUCAACCCGCGCCCAUGCCUAGUGGGGGCGGAGUCCAAGGGCCGGCUGGACAUACCCGUAGGCGGGCCCCGCAUGAGCCAGGACUCCGCCUUCCUGACUCCACCGUAGCUUUACCCUUAUGGGAAAUAGGGCCUCCCAAUGAUACGGGGAACCCCCGACUUCAAUACUGGCCCUUCUCCACCAGUGAUUUAUAUAACUGGAAAACCCAGAAUGCCCGAUUUUCUGAUAACCCUAAAGAUUUAAUAGCUCUCCUGGACAGCGUUAUGUUUACAGAUGGGAAAAUAGUGCAUUCAAGCAUGAUGGAAUAAGAGAGGAGAUGCACA